AUGGCGUCCGCUCCGACAGAGAUUUGGCAGUUGAUCAUAAAAUUUGCAGCAACAUCGGAAGCCGUUUCUACUGUCGAUUACCAGCCAUUCGAACCUGGACCGGAGUUGCAAAAUACGGAGGAGUCGGCGAUUCACGAGCGAGUGCGCCUGCGGACUUGUUUGGCGUUAAUGCUGGUCUCUCGACGAUGUCGCUCACUGGUAGCAGAGUUUUUGUACCGUGAUGUGUGCAUCUAUAGCCCAGCAGGACUUUCAAGCCUGAUCCAAGGUCUAGAACGGUCUGCGAGCGAGGACGGCGAGAAGGCAUUGGGACUUCAUGUCCGUCGACUCGAAUUGCUUGGGCGUCGUUCUAUCUCGCAAAUCGCCACACCCUCAGGCGACCCAGACCACGAUCUGCCAUGGCCAACGGCCCCGAUACCCCUCGAUGACUCUGCCCCAUCGCUCGCGAAUCUCCUUGCCUUGUGUCCACAAGUCAAUAUACUUGUUCGACCAUGCCUUGUCCUCAACACCCCGAAUAUUAUUUUUUGGGCCCAUCUCGUCAGAGACCCUAUCGUCCAACCAUCGACGCAUCUCCGCCGUCUAGAAUGGCACGAAACAGAGCUUGACGUUCGGUUCUACGGCAAUAACCAUGGCGCCCGACUUCGCGAGCUUGUCGGUACUUCCCCCAACCUAGAAUAUUUAUCCCUUUCGUCAGACCGACCAACUGCGUUGGCUGACUUGGCACUCCGGCGAACCCUCCAUACCCUCCGUCUUGAUUGUUCGCAUUUUGAUGCCGCUGGCAAUCACCAGAAUUGUUUGGCGUCUCCUCCGCCCAAGAUUGUGUCCUCCCAGUCAGCCGUACGGCAACUGAUCUUGCAUACUGUCACGGUCUUGCCGAACCCGCUCCUCGAUUUCAUCCAGACGGCAGGCACGCAAAUCCAAACACUCGAGUUGGCAUUCUCCCCACAGAUGGUAUUUCCAGGCAACCGAUUGAGACAAAUCCUCGUCCGAACGCCCGCUCUCACCGAGCUCGUGUACUUCCUGGGUGCACCUGAAAUUAGUGCACUCGCCAACGGAGUCCGAGCGCCGAGUGUCAAGAGGAUCCGUCUGAAGGUGGACCCCGAUACUUGGAAUCCUAUCAGGCCAGUUUUGCGCCGGCAGAUGGAGGUGCUAGAGGGCGAGUCGUUCCCCGAGCUGAACGAGCUUAUUUUACAUGAUCCAACGAGAUCUUACUCAUCACAUCUGACUCCGACCUCUCCAUUGUCUAUGGCGUCUUCGUCCCGCUCCGCAGAGAACACAUACGAAGCUCAGAAUGAUCAACGGCUGGACGAACUACACUCUAAGCUACGCACGCUUCGUGGUGUCACGACGGAUAUUUACGAUGAUGUUGAGCGACAGAAUGUCAUGUUAGACGACACAGGAAAUGGAUUCAACUCAUUCGGUGCUUCCCUAGCGCAGACAACGCGGCGGGCUGGCCAGGCAUUCGGAAUCAGCGAAGGUGGACUGCGGACGUGGCGCAUCGCCCUUGGUGUUGUUGCACUAUUCUUUUCGUUCUUGUUGGUCCGCAAGAUAUUCGCAUGGUGGAGUGGGCCGGCAGCUGCUCCGCUUUGA